UUCUCUAGAAUGAAGCACAUCACGUCAAACCACUCUGAACGACUGUUUAUGUCUCAGCCACUGAAUUAUUCAGGAAAAUGGAUGGAAUGCCCCUUUAAAGGAGGCCACGCUAUUGACGGUGUGUUGUAGGGACUACUUUCUUAACGCAUUGAUACAGCGUGAUUGUUGACGCAGUGGUGCGGCGUUGCUAUGAAACAGCUGCUGGGGUGUUCUUGGCUUGUUAAUCUUCUUUCUUCGUUUACUAAAGACAUGCAGUUUAUUAUCAGUUUUCAGUCAUUAUUUUAUCCGUUUUUCUGCUCAUAUUAAUAAAGGAUAUCAUAAAUAUGGUAAUGGCAGACUGAGUCAAACCUUUCAUGACUCAUCUCUGUGGGAGUGACUGUUCGUGUCCCCUCCCAUCACAACUCUCCAUCCCCUCGAGUGUUCACAUCUACAUAUUCAAUGCAUUUGUUAUGUUCUCAUUCAAAAACAUUGGGGCAUCAUUUCUUACAUACUUUUAUGGGCCGACAGUGAACGGGCCAGUGCUUCACUGGAAGGAAAGGCAUGACUAACUGUCCAGUAAGCCAAAUAUGGACUGUGUACUUUUAUUUAUUUCUAUUUUUAAACUGCCAAGCGUCCUCCACACACUUUUCUUAUUGACUUUAUUUAUCACCUGCCCAUAUUGGUCAAACUAUGUUCUGUGUCUUCCACUGCCAAGUAAUCUGAUAAACGGGAUUGUGCAACACUGAACUUUGCCCCCAAAACUCAAAGGUCAGUGUGGACGUCCAACACAUACCUCAGCUGCUCCACCAGCGUGUCCAGCAGAAAUCGUAUCCGAUGGGCAGUAGCAGCAGUAGCAGGCUCUUCAGCACCCUGGCUCAGUCUCUGAGCAGCGCGCCGCUGGCACACGCACACGUGGACCCUGAAGAGUGUGAGUUUGAGCAGGCCGACCCCGAGGCGCUCCUGCGCGAGUGUGAGGAGGUCCUGAGGAACCGGCCACCACGGCCACACAGAGACUUCUUCCGCACCAGAGGCAGCAUCCCUCACAACCCGCAGAUCCGCGUCAUGCAGUGGAACAUCCUAGCGCAAGCUCUCGGUGAGGGCAAGGACGGUUUCGUGCGCUGCCCGAUGGACGCGUUGAACUGGGCUGAGAGGAAGUACCUGAUCCUGGAGGAAAUCUUGACAUACAGGCCAGACAUCCUGUGCUUGCAGGAGGUGGACCACUACUACGACACCUUCCAGCCAGUGCUGUCCCGUCUGGGCUACCAGAGCACUUUCUGCCCCAAGCCUUGCUCGCCCUGCCUGGACGUACGCGACAACAACGGCCCGGACGGCUGCGCUCUGUUCUUCAGUCGCCAGCGCUUCCAGCUGCUCUGCACCGACCAUCUGCGUCUGUCGGCCAUGAUGCUCAAGACCAACCAGGUGGCCAUCGUGGCCACCCUGCUGGACCGGGUCAUGGGCCGGACAUUCUGUGUGGCCGUGACCCACCUGAAAGCACGGAGCGGCUGGGAGGCCUUUCGCAGCGCCCAGGGCUCGCACCUCCUGCAGCAGCUGAGGACCAUCAGCAGCCAGCAGGGGGUGCAGCCUGAGGGCGUCCCGAUGGUGGUUUGCGGGGAUUUUAACGCGGAACCCUGUGAGGAAGUGUACCGUCGCUUCUUGGCCUCUCCGCUGGGGCUCGACAGCGCCUACCGGAGGCUGAGUACGGACGGCAACACGGAGCCACCCUACACCAGCUGGAAGAUUCGCCCGAGCGGAGAGAGCUGCGCCACGCUCGACUACAUCUGGUACUCACGCGGGGGCUUCAGUGUAGAUGCCGUGCUGAGCAUGCCCAGUGAGGAGCAGAUCGGCCCUGACCGCCUGCCUUCAUACCACUACCCCUCUGACCACCUCUCACUGGUCUGUGACCUCAGCUUCAUCCAGGAGCCUCACAGGCUCAUGUAACUGUCAAUCAAUACAGCUCCUUCUGAUGGGGUUCCACAGCAGCUCAGGACAUUCCCAAAUGUGUGUGCAUGUGUGUGUGCAUGUGUGUGUGUGUGUGUGUGUGUGUAAAGCCCUAAUCGAGCUGGAUUCAUUUUAUAUGGGGAGGUAAUUUAAAGGGGAAUUCCACCAAUUUUUCAAAAUUUCUGCAUAAUUAAACAAUUACACUGUAGACAGUCAUUCAAAGUGGUUUGAUGCGAAAUGCUUCAUUGUAGAAGAAACUUGCAGACUAAUAAUUGUUCACAGGUGGUGAUGGGAACCAGACAUCUGAUGUUUUUAAUGCCUCUAAAACUUCCCUCACAGGAAGAUAUUACUAUGAGUUGCUAUAAAUAUGUUGCUUGAAGCCUGAGACAUUGUUUUAUGACAGUUUUGAGGUAAAGUUUUAGUCUGAAUUGCCUUUUUUAUGAUAUAUGCAAAGUAGAGAGGUGCAUGCAGUGUGUUAUUAGGCAAAAUAGUACCCAAAGAAAACUUUUAUGGUUUUGGAUUUAACACUGAACAAUUAUUUUACUAUUAUCGACAUCAAACAUAAACACUCAGAAGACACGUGUAGGUUCAAUGGUGGUUUUGGUAGUAAAUUUAAUGGCUAUAUUUGCAUGGUAUACAUCACGUGGUUCCUAUCACCACCACUGUGAAGUAAUUCUGAUUUGGUAAGUUUCUCUACAAUUAAUCAAUUCACAUCAAACCACUUAUUGAUUGAAUGACUUGUUUAAAUAGUUGAGAGAUAAUUAAGCAGAAAUUUUGAACAAUCAGUGGAAUUUCCCCUGAAUGGCCUUCUGUAAUUGCCUGAACCUGGAGCUGUCUCAGUAAUAUUGGUCCUAUUCACAUCCACCUUGGAUAACAAAACCUACUAAUAUACACAGCCAUGCUGUGUUGUUAUUGUUAUUGAUUGUGGCGCUUGUGCUGUAAUGCUGACAAAACUGCUGACACUUUAUCCCGUAACACAGUCAAACCGACCAGUCAGAUCCCUUUACAUACUCCGGUAAAACGAAUCCAGCUUGAAUAGUGUUUGGAUCGCAUGACUCGCAUGAAUGUGGCAGGGAAUGUUUUUUGGUUGUGUUAUAGAACAUAAAGAACUCAUGAACCACGCACAUAAACCUGGUCCUUACAUGAUGAACCAGGACUACGGUCUUAAAAGUACCUCUGACUGAGUUACACAAGACUCUUUUUCUGAUAUACACUCAUCAUCCACUUCUGUUUUUGACUAGAGGUUGUGCAAUAUUCCAUAAUUUAUUAUUCCAUUAUAAUGAUCUGAAUGUAUCAUGAACUCAGGACAUUCUCAAAGAAGGAACUGUUGUAGAUGUUCCACUCUGUACAACUGUACAACUAUAAUACCAUUUCUCUUUCAAUAGCACUGUAAUUGCCAAUUUAUAUGCCAUUGAGUGGUAAUAUAAACAUGUCUAAUUAUUUUACGAGCAUGUUUUCUGUUUUUAAUGAAAUAUGAAAAUGACUUAGGGGGCCAAAUCUAGCAUUUAAUGUUAUUUGUUGCGUUGUGAUAUUUUGUAGUACAGCGCUGCCUCAUCAGCUUGAGAGAAUUCGCCUUCUUGCUUCUUUUUUGCAUUUUUGUCCAUCAAAUGUUCUCUCACUACAAUACCCAGCAUGCAUUCUGCAAAUACAACAUACAACCACUGGGAUUCCUCCCCACAGUGAUAAAGGAAUGCUGAUGUAGAAGCUAAUAAAUACAGGCAUGACACUGGGCUUCCUAUCAGUUACGUUAGCCAUCUGGCUUCUGGCUGCUUUAGCCAGCUAGUGGGGAGAAGAAUAAACAAUUUAAACAGUCCUCAAAUGUCUACCCCAAAGUGCUUAUAUCUUAAGUUUCUACCAUCUUCAAGGUGCAUCAGAAGGGCUUUUUUCUAGUCUUUAAACCAGAAAAUCUCACUCUCAGGAUCAUUGUGGCACCACUUUAAAGGCUUUAAGUAGGCAUGUUUAUAACAGAUGUAGCGAUUGUUGCAUUUUUCAUGUUGGCCAAAGUGCCACUUUAAGUAAAAUGAGACUUUAUGUCGUGCCAUAUCGUUCUUGGCUUUCAUUACUCAGGAAUUACCAGUACUUUUUAAUUUUAGUGAUACUAAUGGUAUUUAUCAUUGUAACCUGUUUAAUUAGUCCUCUAAUCUAGUUUACAUCUAAAGUCUUCUGACUGAAACUUUGGGUCAACAACCACUGUAAGCCAUAAAGAAAAAAUCUGCAGUCAA